AUUGAAUAGUAGAGUCUUGAUCGUCGAGCAUUGAUCACGAUCAGUGGUCGAUUAUCGACCUUAAUAGCAUUAAUCAUUGUUAACUUUAAGGUUAUAUUUAAGUUUAUUCAAGUUCAGUAAUUUAUUUCAGCUUUAAGUGCAGCACAAUUUAAAGCGUUUUGUGAUAAAUAUACAAAGAUCAUUGAAACAAUUACGGGUGAACAGCAUUUACCAAAAUCUUAAACUAGUUUAAAUACCUAUUGAAAACAUAAUUUUUCAUGAUAUCGCAACUUCGCAGUCGUGCAGCGCAGUUUUGCAUUUGUUUACAAUAUAUUGUGAGAGUUGAAAAAUGAACGGAAAUAACAUUGACCAAGUGCCGAUAAGAAAAGUCACUUCCAGUGAAAGAAUUCAAAAGAUUAUUAAAGAAUUCUACGAUGAAUUUGGUUGCCACCCAGCAUUUGUAGCUCGAGUUCCCGGUCGCGUAAAUUUAAUCGGUGAACAUAUUGAUUAUUGUGGCUAUCCGGUGUUACCAAUGGCUCUGGAACAAGAUAUAUUAGUGGCGGGAAGUUUAACUGAGGAACAUAAAGUGUGCAUCAGAAACGCAAAUCCAAAAUACGUGAGUUUCGAAUUAGAAAUCAAAGCAUAUGACGACAUUACAAUCACAGCUGAUAAAGAUGGAAAACCCUUUUGGUAUAAUUACGUAUUGUGUGGAUUAAAAGGAGCACUGGAACACUUAAACAAUGAAUUUUCUAGCGGUGUUAGACUUUAUAUAGAUGGAAAUAUUCCUCCUGCUUCCGGUUUGUCCAGUUCUUCAGCAUUAGUAAGUGCAGCGUGCCUUGCCUUUUUAUAUGCUCAAAAUGCUACAUUAAAUAGAACCGAAAUAGCAUCUUUAUGUGCGAGAUGUGAACGGUACAUCGGAACACAGGGAGGCGGAAUGGAUCAGGCGAUUGCAUUUUUAGCAGAAAAAUAUUGCGCUCAAUAUAUAACGUGGAAUCCUCUGAAAGCUACAAAAGUUGUUUUACCAGAAGAUGCAUCAUUUGUUGUUGCUCACAGCUUGGCAGAGAUUAAUAAAGCUGCAACUAACGAUUACAAUAGAAGAGUAAUAGAAUGUCGGCUAGCCAGUAAAAUAUUAGCUUUAUCUCCCGAGACUAGUAAAGAUCAUAGUGUAAUCACGUUAAGUCAAGUACAGAAAUUACUAGAUAAAACCUUAGAAGAAAUGGUAACUCUAGUUUAUGAACGGUUGCCGAAAUCAAUCUAUACAAAAGAUGAAGUGUGUAAGAUGUUAGAGAUUUCCGAAGAAGAAAUUGAUAAGUUGUACCUGACUUCAAACACGAGGCAUAUAACCGAGUUCAAACUCAAACAAAGAGCUUUGCACGUAUAUGAAGAGGCUUUGAGAGUUGAAGAAUUUCGCAAAAUAUGUCUGCAAUCCAAUAUGAAUGGCAAGAGCAAUGGUUCUAUUCAUGAUAAAAUUCGUUCUUCUGGUGACGAAAACGAGAUACUAACUCGUUUGGGAAAACUCAUGUCGAACAGCCAUGAAAGUUUGAAAUCUUUGUAUGAAUGUUCCCACAAAAAACUAGAUCUAUUGGUAGAGAUAUCGAGCAAACUAAACGUGCACUCCAGGCUGACGGGUGCUGGCUGGGGAGGCUGCAUCGUUGCAUUAUGCCCUAAUGAAAAAGUUAAAAAUUACAUAGAAAAGUUGGAAAAUGAAUAUUACGUCGAGCACUGUAAUAUCGACAAGAAUAAGGCAAAGUCGUAUAUAUUUGCCACUACACCUAAUUAUGGUGCCGUUAUUUAUGUAAAUCAAUAACAAAUUAAGCAUUUCUUGUCAUUAAUUAUUAUCAUUACAAUACAAAUUCAUUUAUUUUUGUCUUCGUAUUUGGGCGAGCAUUGAGUAGAUAGGUAUAUUAAAGUCCGCGAAUAUGAAUAUUAUUUUAUUAUCUACAACUGGUAGAUAAGCAUUUAUAGGCACCAAUUAUUUUACUUAUAUAUGUACCAUAAAAAGUGCCAACGCUGAAUGAUAAAAGUAGGCACUAGGUACUUAACUUAAUAGGUAGGUAUAUAUUUUAUAUUAAUUAUUAAAUGAAUUAUUUAGGUUUACUGUAUUGAUUUGUUACCUAAGUAAGCAUAGUC